UGUAAAGCUUUAAUUUACUGCAGUAUGUUCGGAUUGAAAAAAAGAAGACUAGCAACAAGAACAAUAUAAAAUAUCAAAUUGACAUUCUGCUUAACUGGUCUGUUUUCUUGACCACAGGGCACAGUGGGCAAAGCUCACAUCCCUACAGACGGGCUGCAGUGUGUCUGGGGCUGCUGUGUGCUCUCUUAUUGGCUGCCACAUUAGUCCUGUGUGUCCUCUAUACCAGUCUAUCAGGGAACUAUUCAAUGUUGGAGAGAGACCUGGAGGAGCCCAGAAGCAAUUGCAGCACCAUGAAUAAAGAGAAGGUCCAACAACAGAAGAACUAUUCAAUGUUGGAGAGAAAACUGGAGGAGCUCAGCACCAGUUGCAACACCACGAAGGUCCAACAACAGGGCAGAGUGUGUGAACCCUGUCCACAGGGCUGGUCACCGUUCUCUUCCAAGUGUUACUACUUCUCUACUGAGAGAAAGAUCUGGACAGACAGUCGCAGUGACUGCAUUAAAAGGGGAGCUGACCUGGUGAUUAUAGAGAGUGAAGAGGAACAGCGGUUCAUCACCAGCAAAACACAAUACCAUACCUGGAUUGGACUGAGUUACUCAGAAUUUAAGAGUAACUGGCUCUGGGUGGAUGGAACCCCUCUGCAGAAAGGAUUCUGGGGGAGUGGAAAGCCAGCUUAUGAAAGUGGGUCUGAUUGUGCCAUGAUUGCCACUAAGAUGAAUGCAUGGGAUGCUUAUUACUGUUCUAAUAACGAGCAAUGGAUCUGUGAAACGAAUGCUCUGCUCCCCUAAACCAUUUUUUUCAUUGUAUGUUUUUGGUUAUUUUACCUUGUGAGAGGCAGUUGAACAUGGCAGGUUUGACAGUCAAACACAGGACCAAUAAGCAGACCACAAUGUUGCCGUUUAUGUUGGAAAUACAUGAAAUACAUACAUACUGCUAUUUUAACUAGAAAUGUGUCUGUGAGACUAAGCUUUUUUAAAUGCACUGAAAUGACUGUACAUGAUGAGUAUAUUCAAGCUAUCACAUUAUUUGUUCUGGACAUACUGUAAGUUUAAAAAAAUUAAAGAACAUAUAUUUAAAAUGGUCCUCAUUAUGUGGUUGUGAUACUGUACCUUUAUAUUAAAAUUGAGAACAGCUGUCACUUUGCUACUAAA